AUGGCUCUGGUUGACAAGAGACAGCAAGUAGAACCCUUCUGGAGGUGGAGACUAGCUCAGUUCUCACUGCCCCAUCCAGACCUUCGGAAAAGUUUUGCAGAGUUGGGUGUGACUUCUCUUCCAGUUGGCUUGACAAAUGUUGAGCCAAUCAGUCAAACAGCAAAUGCAAGGAAAGCUGCUAUGCUCAACAAACUGGAAUCAAAAUUGGAUAACAACCAAAAGUCCAAAUUGAGUAAACAUGUUCACAGAUCAAGAGACGAAAGGAAGAUCCAAAGACCAGAGGAUACUGUCUAUCAACACAUCAAAAACUUAAAAGAUGAAUAUAUGAAGAAUGGAGGUCAAAGAGCUGAUGUGUUGGCCCAAAUGCAGAAGUUGGAGAUGGAAGCCAGACUACAAGCUAUGAGACAAUAUGAACUGGAGAGAAACCCUCAAGAUAUUCCGAAAGAUACUGUCACAGACCUCAAGCAACCAUCAAUAAACAAAGAUGAUAUUGAAACACUGGAAAAAGAUCAUCGGAAAAAUCUGUUGCUUCUUCACCAAAAGAUUGAAAUUAUUCAACAACAGAAAGAACUAGAAAGGCAUCAACGUGACUUGGAUAAGAUUGUAUCUGGGAGUCGAUGGAAUCAGAUAGUCGUGAAGUCAAGCAAAGAAAGCAUGUACAGUCAGUCAAGCAGGGAUGGUCUCUAUAUUCAAUACAACUUCAUUGAUGGCCUGCCAGAAGAGGCUACCAUUUGUCGGCUGCUCUUACAUUGGUUUAAUGGCACCAGUUCAGUAGCUGCAGAGGAAGACCUUACCAUGUCCCCAACAGUGGUCUGUGAUUAUCGCAACAAAUGGCAAGACUGGCAGAACAACGUCAAAUAUCAAGGAUUUGCAACGUUUGUGAACAAGCAGAUAGUGCCAAGAAAGAUCUACAGCUCUAAGCUGUGUGUUGUGGUUGAGGUUCAAAUCGCCAUGAACACCAGUCAGUCGCCAGAACGGAACAGUCUGUACACCCAGGCCUGGACACGGAUUCAUCUCUUCAAUAGAUACCAUCAGCCACAGCUUGGAAAAUUCAGUGUCCCUCUGAAGACUCUCCCCAUCAAUGCUAAGCUUUCAGCAGCUGAAUUUGAAGCACGGAACCAGUUUGAGGAUGCGGAGCUUUACUAUGAAAUCCAGAAUGUGAAUGAAGAAUUUUCAUCUGAAAGCUUCUAUGAUCGACCACUUUACAGACAGUUCUAUCAGUGUAUUCUUUAUCUAUCGCCGACAAUAUCAACCAUACUACAAUAUUGGAGGCGUAAGGAUAUAAUAUCAGGCGACGAAGAUUUUUCAAAGCUCACGUAG